AUGGACAAGAAUGGGCUUCCCGUAAUCCACCGGUUUGUGACGGACCAUAAUAAGAAGGGCGAGGCGAUUUUUAACAAAGACAUUGAAGAAGUUCUGCCUUGGAAUGACCGGCACGAUACCGUCAGAUUUGGACUGGGAUAUACAACCACCCAAACCCCUGUUGACUUAGGAGACGGAGUGGAUAUCAAGAAUUACAAAGCCCACCAACAAAGUCCUCCAGGUAUCAUGAUUCCUGGAGGCUCUGUCCUGAGAUACGUGGACGUCCCUCCGGGCCAUGUAUCAGAGAUGCACCGGACUGUAAGCCUCGACUUUGGUGUGGUGCUUGAAGGGGUUGUCGAUCUUGUCCUUGAUUCGGGCGAGGUCAGGAGAAUGAAUAGAGGCGAUUGCGCUAUCCAGAGAGGCACCAACCAUGAGUGGAGGAAUGCAAGCAACGACCAAUGGGCGAGAAUGAUGUAUGUACUGCAGGAGGCAAAACCUAUCUUAACCGGCGGGUGUCAACUAAGGGAGGAUUAUGGAGGGAUGCAAGACGUAAAGCCAUCCGGGACUUAA